AUGGCUGUUUCUGGUUCUUUGCAACUGCCCCUUCAAUUGGGAAUUUGCAAGAACCACGAACGCAGCAAAAUAUUUCAGAAUGCAACAGGAGAAGGCAAAUUAUGUUUCUUGGACACUAAUCUAUCAACAUUUUCACUGAGACAGAAUUCUUGGAGUGCACAUUUUUCGAAGACUAGGCACAAACGAGUGUACACUGUCCCGUAUAGAUAUCAUCAGUUCAAAUGUCGCUCUUUUAUAAAACCAGGCCCCUCGUGGGAUGCUACCUAUGUAAAGAAUGCCACUCUAACUUUAGCAAGAUCAUUUCAUCCUUUGCAAGGAAGUCCUCUCGUUAUCAAAUUGGCUUCAGCAGUUGGUAUCAUUGUUUUUGCAGUAUGGGGACUUGGCCCAAUUGUGCGUCAAAGCAGAAACUUAUUGCUUCAUAAGAGUGAUAGUAGUUGGAAAAGGAGUAGGUCAUAUCAUGUUAUGACAUCUUACGUUCAGCCUUUGCUGCUAUGGACUGGAGCAAUCUUCAUCUGCAGAGCAUUGGAUCCAAUGGUUCUUCCAACAGAAGCUAGUCAAGUUGUUAAGCAGCGUCUCCUUAAUUUUGUCAGAUCCUUGUCAACAGUUUUGGCUUUUGCUUAUUGCUUAUCAAGUGUAAUUCAACAAGCACAGAAAUUCUUCAUGGAGACAAAUGGCCCUGCUGAUACUAGAAAUAUGGGCUUCCAGUUUGCAGGCAGAACUGUAUACACUGCAGUAUGGGUUGCAGCUGUAUCAUUGUUUAUGGAGUUGUUGGGUUUCUCAACCCAAAAAUGGCUCACUGCAGGAGGGCUCGGGACAGUCUUGCUGACACUUGCUGGACGUGAGAUAUUCACCAAUUUCCUUUCAAGUGCAAUGAUUCAUGCAACCCGGCCAUUUGUUGUGAAUGAAUGGAUUCAGACUAAGAUUGAAGGCUAUGAAGUUUCUGGGACAGUUGAGCAUGUGGGAUGGUGGUCACCAACAAUUGUAAGAGGUGAAGAUCGCGAAGCUGUUCACAUUCCAAACCACAAGUUUACCAUGAACGUUGUGAGAAAUCUCACUCAAAAAACUCACUGGCGUAUUAAAACCCACCUAGCCAUCAGUCACUUGGAUGUCAACAAAAUUAAUAACAUUGUCGCCGAUAUGCGCAAGGUUCUGGCUAAGAAUCCUCAAGUUGAACAACAGAAGUUGCAUAGAAGAGUAUUUCUGGAUAAUAUCAAUUCUGAAAAUCAGGCCCUUUUGAUCUUGGUGUCCUGCUUCGUGAAGACCUCACAUUUUGAAGAAUACCUUUGUGUUAAGGAAGCUAUACUUCUGGACCUUCUCAGAGUAAUUCGGCAUCACCGUGCUCGAUUAGCCACUCCCAUUCGUACUGUUCAGAAAAUAUAUAGUGAUGCAGACUUGGAAAAUAAACCAUAUGCAGAUUCUAUUUAUAACCAUGAAGCAGCUUCAAACCGUCCAUUGCUAUUGAUUGAGCCCUCCUAUAAAAUUAAUGGGGAAGAGAGGACAAAGACUCAAGCUCGUCAAGUGCGUGUGAAUGGUGAGGAAGACAGCAAGGCUGUGGCACGGUCAACACCUGAUAACAUGGUGGAUGGUAGAGGUGAAACAAGUUCAAGUCUUGAUACUAAAUCUAAAGAAACAGUGUCUACCGACUCUAAGGCUAAAGAGAUAAUGACGUCGGAUAGGAAGCCUGGUGCCGAGGUUGGACAAGUGCCGAAAGCUGAAACGAAGGACCAAAAGGUUGCAGCGAGCCCUUUGUCUGAUCCCAAGGUCAAUAAUAAUGCAACAGCAAAAUCAGCAUCAAAAUCUGUCUCUAGGACUGAUUCUACAUCCAGUUCUAACUCCAAAAGUUCAGCUGGUUCGGCACAGAACACCUCUAAUAGCAAGAACCCUAAAAAGAUAGGCCAAGGAAGUUCUCGUUUGCACAGUUCAGUUGACAAUGCCGCAGACUCCUUGACAGAGUCUGGAGGCGAUAGAUCAGACCCUGUUUCUGGUAAUACUCUAAAACAGGAAGACGUGAGACAACCGCCAGUUGUACAGCCUCCUGGAACAAAACCUGCUUUGGAAGAGAAUAUUGUUCUCGGCGUCGCUUUGGAGGGCUCAAAGAGAACCCUGCCCAUUGAAGAGGAGAUUGCACCGUCACCAAAUCCUGAGGAUGUGAAGGAAUUUGCUGCUUUACGUAGAGGUAAUGGUCCUCCAGUGGCUGAGAAGGGUAAAAAUGACAUCAAGCGUUCAAACGUCUCAGGCUCAACAACUGGCGACCAGUCAGAUCAGCGAGACUAA